UGAACACAAAGCAGCAACAAUGGGCCUUUGGUUUGUGUUGUCAUUCUUUGCUGCCAUUCUUUUCUCCCCAAUGCAGAGAGGUCAUUGUGCAAGUAUCAUUGGAGGGAAAGAAUCAGCUCCACAUUCAAGACCCUAUAUGGCUGCCUUAAUGAAAAGGAACCAUUCAUUCUGUGGAGGAACUUUGAUCCAAGGAAACUGGGUGCUAACUGCAGCUCAUUGUUCUACAGAGAAGGAAACAACAACUGUUGUUCUUGGUGCUCACUCACUAUCUAACAAUGAGAAAGAAAAACAGUUUUUUCAAAUUAUCAACAUGGUUGCCCACCCGAAAUACAAUGGGAGAACAAAUGAAAAUGACAUUAAGCUUUUGCAGCUUGACAGAAAAGCAAAGAUUACUCGAGCUGUAAAAAGCAUCCCAAUGCCCAAAACUUAUGAUGAUAUCAAGGCAAGAACUCAGUGUCUAGUCACUGGAUGGGGAAUUACUGAAAACAGAGGGAAACCAUCUGAUACACUGCGUGAAGUUGACGUCAUGGUUAUUGACAGACACAUCUGCAAGAAGCUGUAUAAUUCCAAAGCUCUUGUGACUCCAAACAUGGUGUGUGCUGGUGGUACAAAAAAACCAAGGAAAGAUACAUGCAAGGGUGACUCUGGUGGCCCUUUAAUAUGUGAAGGAAUACAAAGAGGCAUCACUUCUUUUGGUCUACCAGGAAAAUGUGGUGAUCCAAAAUAUCCUGGUGUCUACACUCGUCUCACAAAGGACUAUCUCGAAUGGAUUAAGAAAACCAUAGGGCGAAAUCUAGACUGAUCACUGGAUUUUAUGCUUCA